GUCACACACAGGGAGUCAGUGGCUGAGCUGGGAUUUGAACCUCCUGGUUACAAGCCUGUUUAGUUAAAUUGUGUAAACUUUUUCAACAGUUAAGCCCCUGUGAUACUAUAAACUUAUUACAAUAAUUCUGUGACCCUUCAGUAGUAAAAACCCUGUCAUUGCCUGGUUUUGUAUAUCCUCAAUAGCACUGUAUUUAAAUUAAUAAGGUUUUUUUUUGGGGGGGUGCGGGUUUAGCUACAAAACAGAAUCCCAUGUGCUGCCAUGGACAGUGUGAAGAUAGAAGCGGUCCGAAUUAAAGGGGAGUUCCCUGAGCUUGAACUUACCCUCGUUCGUGAGGAGGUCUCCGUUAAACAGGAGCUCUGUGAGUCGCAGUGUGACAGCGGACAGCCAGUGGUCCCUGAGAUCAAAGCUGAGCACAAUGAGUUGGAGAUCCCCCGGACAGAAGAACCCCUCCCUGUUAAACAAGAGGACCUGGAAGUAGUCUGUAUUAAAUGGGAGCCCCCUGAAGUAGAGUUUGACUACAUGGAACCAGGGGAGGAAGAAUCCGAGGACUUCCGACCAAGGAUCCCUGAGCCGGAGCCUGUGUGCCUGUGGGAGUGUAGCGUGGGGCCGGAGAGAUUCUGCAUAAGAGAGCGAGGCGCUGGAGAGGAAGGCUCUCUCAACAGCAAGCAGGUGGAAAGCCAGACGCAUUCAGAAUGCAGUCUAGCAGGUUCCAGUCCAGCAGCUGAAGCGAGGGCGGAUGGUGGAGAAUGUCCUGACUCUGGGGAAGGUUUCAGUCAGUCUGGAAACCUUGAAAUGCACCAGCGAACUGAAACAGGAGAGAAACCAUAUCCCUGUUCUGGCUGUGGGAAGAGUUUCAGACACGCAGGAACCCUGAAAGCACACCAGCGAAUUCACACAGGAGAGAAACCGUACUGCUGCUCUGACUGUGGAAAGAGUUUCAGUCACACAGGAACCCUGAAAGCACACCAGCGAAUUCAUGCAGGAGAGAAACCGUAUUGCUGCUCUGACUGUGGGAAGAGUUUCAGUGAUUCGGGAAACUUGAGAAAACACAAACGAAUUCACACAGGAGAUAAACUGUAUUGCUGCUCUGACUGUGGGAAGAGUUUCAGUGAUUCGGGAAACCAGAAAAAACACCAGCGAAUUCACACAGGAGAGAAACCGUACUGCUGCUCUGGCUGUGGGAAGAGUUUCAGUCACGCAGGAACCCUGAAAGCACACCAGCGAAUUCACACAGGAGAGAAACCGUAUCGCUGCUCCGACUCUGUCGGCCUCUCAGAGGUAGAUGUCAUGUCUGCCGGCUGGCCGUGCUGCCUGCUUUCAUCAUGUUGUGAUAUGGCCCCCAGGCAGACUCUCUAG